AUGCCGCGGGAGGCAUGCAGUGGGCUGUGGAGGUCGGAGGAUAUGGUGGUCCUCUCCCUCCACAUGCAGCGCGAGGUGGCCCACGACGCCGUUCUCAAGCUCGGCGAGAUCGGCCAGUUCCAGUUUAGCGACCUAAACAAGGACGUGAGCGCCUUCCAGCGCGACUUUGUGCAGGAGGUGCGCCGCUGCGACGACAUGGAGCGUAAGCUGCGCUUUCUGCAAGAGGAAAUCGAAAAGGCCGGUGUGACCACCAUCGUGGAAGGCGGCGCGGAGGGGGAGACGAUGUCGUCGCUCGAGCACAAAAUCGACGAGGUGUACUCUGAGGUGGUGGAGCUCAAUGAGCAGUACCAGGCCCUCAUCGAGGAGCGCAACCGGUCCAAGGAGCAUCUCGAGAUUCUCUCGCGCGACUUUGGCGGGGCGACCGGCGAUGGUGUGCUGAUGGUGACUGGCGUCAUCCCGAAGGAUCGCAUUCCGCUCUUCGAGCGCCUUGUGUACCGCGCCACGCGGGGCAACUCUAUCCUGCGCACGGACGAUAUCGACAAGCCCUUCUACAACAUAAACGCGAACGAGCCCGUGCACAAGAGCGUGUUUGUCGUGUACUUUUCGGCCCCGCGGCUGCGCGAGAGGCUUAUCAAGAUUGCCGAGGCGAACGCGGCGACUGUAUACAGCUAUGCCGACUCUGAGCAGCAGCUGACCCGCAUGCACGCCUCGCUGCAGGAGCAGGUGGACACGAUCACCCAGACCCUUAACCAGUCAGCCUACCGCCACCGACAGGUGCUGCUCGGCAUUGCGGCUGCCUGCUACGAGUGGCGCCGUGCUGUGGUGACGGAAAAGGCGGUCUUCUCGACCAUGAACAUGCUGAAGUUCUCGGGGUCGACCGCGAUUGCGCAGGGGUGGGCGCCGGUGCGCUCGUGCGAGGACAUCCGCACGGCGGUCGCCGAAGCUGAGUAUCUGAGCGGGGCGCAGGUGGCGACGAUCAUUGAGGAGCUGAACACGAAGGAGACGCCGCCGUCGUACUUCAAGACGAACAAGAUCACGGCUUCCUUCCAGAGCAUCGUGGACAGCUAUGGUAUGGCCCGCUACAAGGAGGCGAACCCCGGCGUAUUCACGAUCAUCACCUUCCCGUAUCUCUUCGGUGUCAUGUACGGCGACGUCGGCCACGGCAUCAUCCUCACCCUCUUUGCCGCUUUCCUAGUCUUCAAGGAGAAGAACUUCGAGGGGCAGCCUUUGAACGAGAUUUUCGCCAUGAUCUUUGGCGGCCGCUACCUGCUGUUGCUGAUGGGCUUCUUUGCUGUGUACAUGGGGCUCCUGUACAACGAUAUGUUCGGCUUCUCGAUUGAAAUCUUUGCUUCGGGCUACCGCUGGCCGCAGCUGCCACCGGAGGGCCCAGACGGGAUCGUGUACCCGUCCUUCCCCACAGGCCGCCCCAGCGUCAAGCCGGAAACCCCGGUCAUCUUCGGGAUCGACUCCGCUUGGUCGGAGACGGAGAACAAGCUGGAGUUCUACAACUCCAUCAAGAUGAAGUGCUCCGUCAUUAUCGGUGUGGCGCAGAUGUUGGCUGGCGUGUUCAUUUCUCUUACGAACUACAUCUACUUCAACGACAGCGUCAAGGUGUGGUUCCGCUUUGUCCCGGAGGUGGUGUUUCUGUCCUGCACCUUUGGCUACAUGUGCGUCCUCAUCAUUGUCAAGUGGCUGACCACCUGGGAGAACACGCACGAUGCCCCGUCGCUGCUGGAGACGAUGACGAACUUCUUCCUGGCACCGGGAACCAUCACCCUUCCGCUCUUCUCUGGCCAGGCUGCCCUGCAGGUGAUGCUUUUGCUGGUUUCCUUGGCCUGCGUUCCAUGCAUGCUGUGCGUCAUCCCAUACGUGGAGAAGAAAGAGCAUGACCGAAAGAUGCAAGAACGGGCCGCGCACCCUCCUGCGGACGGCGAGGAGGAAGAGGAGGACGACUUCGAGUUCAGCGAGAUUAUCAUCCACCAGAUCAUUCACACGAUCGAAUACGUGCUGGGCUGUGUGUCGAACACCGCCUCAUACCUACGUCUUUGGGCCCUGUCCCUCGCCCACUCGCAGCUGUCGGAGGUGUUCUGGAGCUUUGCUUUCCUCCUCACGGUCGACUACGACAACGGCACCGGAAUCUGUAUCUUCUUUGGCUUCGCCGUGUGGAUGGCGGCGACGAUCGGCGUGCUGCUCGGCAUGGAGUCCCUGUCCGCCUUCUUGCACGCGCUGCGUCUUCACUGGGUGGAGUUCAACAACAAGUUCUACGCCGCUGACGGCCACGCGUUCGAGCCGUUUGACCUCGCAGAGUCGCUGAGCAAGCUGCGCUAA